AUGAAGCGUGCGGCGACGUUUGUGUGCAUCCUGGCCGUGGUGGCUAUUCUGGCUCCCGGGGGUUUGUGUGUGAAUUCGGCGGAACAAGAACUGGUGCUGCGCCGAAAUCGGAGAACCGUGCAGCUUUUGGUGGAUCAUUUUGCCAACUUUUUCCGUCUCAGUGCCGGUGGUAGUGCUGCUCCGAAGAAGGCCGUUUCGAAGCAGGACCACGCACCUGUUGCGAGUCCGCUAACCAGCAUUUUGAAGGCUUCCUCGGGAAAGCUGUCCAGUUUUAGUGGCCACAAGACGAACGCGGUGGAAUCGAAUCGCGAACCUACGCUGCAGCACGAUCUGCCAACGUGGAUCGAGGAUCGUCCGCAAAAGGUAGCGAACUCGUUCAGUGAACCGCUGGAGAUAGAAGACCUGGUGCCGACACGGGUAUCGUUGCUGAGUACUACCCGGGAGCCAGAGCAAACUACCACCACGACGACGGAAGCGCCAAUCACGACCACAACAGCUGAACCCACGACCACAAACCCCCCGGCCCAACCGACUGAGCUGGCGGACGAAGCGGAAACGGCCGAUGCAACGACCGCCUCCUCCGGGUUGACGGAAAAUGGACCCACGUCGAGUGAAUCUGCAUCUCCACAGGAGGAAUCGGACGAAGGAGCAACAACCGAACCGGCGGCUAUUGAUCCGGCCGACGUGAACGGGCUUAGCUCCCGGAACGACGUUCGGGACGAGAGCUUCCAACCCACACCGGCUCCGCUGGUGAGCUAUCAGCACUAUGUACACACGGGAAGCUGGCCAGGAUCUCAUUUCCAGAACCCGUACCCGAUGCUGCAAUACUUUGGCAACAACGUAUUCUUCCCUGGCCAUGCCCAAUUUCCACUGGCGGCUCCAUUCCAGGCACAGCCUGUGCAAGCUUUGCCACAGAACCAGGGCUAUCUGACCAGUCAGCCACUGUACGACAACAGACUGCACUACCCUACGGGCACCGCAGCACAGCCACAGUCGCAUAGUCGGGUGAAGCUGCACGAUAAUCAUUAUGACCUAGUAACGUACCAUGACGACACGGAAACGGCCGCUUCGAAUUACCAAUCACAGGCGUUCGGUAACUUCCGGGCACGCCGUUACUGA